GUAAAAAUUAAGAAUUAAAUGUGUGUUCAUUUAUUUAUUUAUUUAUUUAUUUAUUUGUUUCUUUGUUUCUUUGUUUCUUUUUUUUUUUUUUACUCCCGUCGCAUUUUAAAAAAUAACGCGAAUGCCUUUUUUUAAAUAGCAAAAACAAAGUAUUACGUGAAAAAUGCAGAUGGCUUAAGCCGUUUUUUUUUGGUACAAAUGAGUUCUUUUUAACGACGUUUUUAGCUUAUCCCGUCAAGGGCAGCAGCGAGGAUUACAUGCUUCCAAACCUCCACGUUAUAGCACCCCCGCAUGCUACUCCCUAUUCAGCAUUAGUAUGCAUAUACAUCAACAUAUGUAUCGUUUACCCAUGUAUGAAAAAAUUCACGUACAUCCGCACAUCAGCACGUUGGCACAUCAACACAUCCGCACCACAGCACUGGGACGACGAUACAAAAUCAAACAAUCAUUGAGGCACCCAAAUUAGAUAAAAUGGAAUGAUGCUUUACGUGUGCGCGCCUCUCAAAUUGGUUAAUCAAGUGUGAACACGGCAAAAUUAGAGAAACAUAUUACGCGCAACUUGUUGGCACAUAUCGAAUGAAGCUUCGUAAUGAACACACGAGAGAGGCGUGCCAGAGGAUCGAGAUACCCCCCCGUAGUAACGUCAGCGUUACCCACGUGCGCGUGCCGCAACACAUACUAGAGCAGACGAAGACGCACACCCUCUUAGCGACUCUCCUGCGAACAUGCCCACACACACCCCACGUCGUGAUGAACCGAAAAGAUGACGUAAAACAUGAAAACAAUUUUACCAUUCUCCUCAUGCCUCGCGCUCAGUUUUGUCUGCACAUGCUUCAAAGUAGACAAAAUAUACGAAACGAAUAAAACGAAUUUAUUCCUUCACCUCCAAAAGAACGGAGCCCACAAAAAGUACAAGCCCAGAUCGUCCACCCUACUCAAUAGUAGCAAAAGCAGCAGUACCCCUUCUCCCCCCCUCAGUUAUGAACAAAAUGUAGAAAACGAAGCGCAAAUUAGAAAAAAAAUAGAAGAAGAAAGGGAAAGAAGGGAACAAAUUAAGAAAGAAAAUAUCUCAUUUAUUAAUAAAAACUUCAAAUACGUAAGCAACAACAUCCCCAUCAAUGUUGAAAAGAAAUACACUUACGAAACGUUUAAAUAUAGUGACGAAAUUCUCGCAUACAUCUUUUUUGUAAUAAAUUUGUUUAAGCAUGAACAGUAUAAAAAUAAAUUAUACAAGGAGCACUUACAGAAUGAGGCUUCCCAGGGCAGAGCAAAUUGGGACGCACACAGGAGUGAACUUUUCCCCCCCUAUUCCAAUGUGACAAAUAAAUUGUCCGAAAGGAAUCAAACAUUAGUAUCCCAUUUUAUGCAAAAAUUUGGGGAUAAAUUCAAAUUUUUUAAUACGCCAGAAAGAAUUCAAAGGGAAGAUUGGGCUAACAUGUUUAAACUGGAACAGGAAGACAAAAAUAACUUUUUUAAAAAUAUAAAAAUGAAAAAUGAAAAAACGAAGGAGUACUACUUUGUCAUAUAUUACUGCAAUUGGCAGUACGAAUGUAUGGCACUGUACAAUGCCCUCCAUCGCAUUUUCCACAAUUCGUAUAACAAUGUUAAUUUUUACAACAUUGCGAAUGGUGUAGAUGGGAAGGGCCUACAGACGGGAGACGACUCAGAUAACAUGCACCAAGACAGUGAAAAGUCAACGGAGGAGGGAGAGAUAAUAACCAAAGAGGACGUCGAAAAGAUAAAAGAAAUGUACAUCAAAGAUAUGCAAAGUGGUGAAAUAACCGAUGUAGACAGCUUACUCAGCAAGGAAGAAAACGAGAAGAACGAUGCAGAAGCCGCCUCGACGCAGGAAAAUUCUGACAAGGAUAAACCACCCAGUGGGGAGAAAACCAACAAUCAAACGAAGGAAGGGUCGACGCAAGCACAAACUCCCCCGGAUGAAAAAAAAAAAAAAACCUUCCAAGAGAUAAUGGCGGAGGAAAAGAAAAAGCUAGACGAAGAAUUCUUUUUAUAUGGAUACUCAAAGUAUGAAAACAUCGAGCAGAUCAAGAAGGAAGAAGAAAUGAUAAAAGAAACGAAGCAAAUUAUCCAGGAGGAGAAGUCAAAUCAGGACAAGCUAAACAACGAGAGGGACUUCAAAAAUAUUCUUAACGAUUUCGCGUUUCAUAUUAAAAAUUACGAAAAUAUGUACCAACUGGACGCGGAGGGGGGGGAGAAGAAGGACCUGUCAGAAAAUCCGAGCAAAAAGAUGAGCACAAAUUUGAGCGACGCGGAACGGAGUGCGCCGCCCCACACGGGACCCCGAACAAGCGCUGCCGCCAACCAGCCGGACGAAGAAACGAACGCCAAGCGAGAAGUAAACAUAAAUGUCAUUUUUGUUCGUCUGAGCAACAGCACAGUGAUUGCGAAGACCAAAAACAUAAAGGAAAAAAUUAAAAAAAAAUGGAUCUAUUCGCACGAAAAGGAAAUCAAAUUUUACGAAUUAAUCCUCUCUGUUAUGUUGAAUGAAAAUAUUUAUUACAAGGACAUACCCCAUAUGGACAUAUUCUCUCUAACCUACGACAAGAAAAAAUUAUUUGACUUUUUUAACCAAGUGAACUCAAACCUAAAGCACAGCUUCAUUCACAAAAAUAAUGUGUACGAUAUUUACAAUAAUGUGAUCAAUGAGAAUAUGGAUGUCUACAAUUUUGACAUCCACGAUGGGGACAAAAUUUCGCAAGAAGGAACUACAUCGGAAAACGGUGUUCCGGGGGAGGCGCCUAACCCAAGCGGUGACAUUGCCGACUCCACCACAAACGAUGAUGUCCUUUUUGAAGAACUAAGUUUAGAUGACGAGGAGGAGGAGGAACAUUCUGGAAAUUACGAAGUGAUAUAUGAUGGGCGUGUGCACGACACGCACCAAAUCGAUGAACAGCCACAGAGUAACACAAAAAAUGCGGAUGAUAGCAAAGAAAGAGAUACCCCGCAUCCCCCGCCUUUAAAAAAAAAAGACCAAAUGCAGUACACAGUUAUUAAAAAAAAACAUAAUAAAAAGGAAAGAAGUAAAUACGAAACAUUGUUUAAAAAAAAAUACAACAAUAUAUUCUCCAACACCAUUAAAAGUAAACUUUCUAUUGAAAAAAUUAGCUCCAUAUCGAAUGUCCAAACAUAUGCCAAUUGUACCAUCGACACGUUUAAGAAUUAUCCCCUCCGUGAAAUUUUUCAAAACAUUUCCCCAAAUGAAAAUUUUAAAAUUGACAAAAAUUACGUGUACUACUUUAAUUAUAAAAUCCCCAAAGAAAUCUUCCCCUUCAUUCUGCAAAUGUCCCUAGCCUUCAAAUAUGAACACACCACUCUUUUGAUGAAUGCUCCCAAAAAGGUUCAGUUCGAGUUCAGGAAUGUCUAA